UUCUGUCAGGUCGGAAACUUCUCCAUCAACAUCACUCUACGCAACCUCAAAUGUCCAGGUUCGAAGGUCAAGAAGAUCCCACAUCCAACUAAGAAUCCGUUCACCUGGAUCUUCGCGUUGGUGUCUUGUCCCAACUAUACAUACGAGCUGGGGUCGUGGAUGGGCUUCACAGUGAUGACCCAAUGCUUGCCGGUGGCUUUCUUCACCAUCGUGGGCUUUGUCCUGAUGACGGUGUGGGCCAGGGGAAAGCACCGAAACUACCGCAAGGAGUUCCGUGACUACCCCACCCUGCGCUCCCCUAUACUGCCCUUCAUCCUUUAGUCAGAGAGGGGCUGGUCCCACACAUAACUUCACCCCUUUCAGCCCCUCUGCAGUAUACAGCUGGUGCUUCUGACUGGGUAGGUUGGAAGGAGUCGUUGGAAUAGUUUAACUACACUGUGACUGGUUUUGGGGAGUUGAAAACCCCCUUUUGAUAACUUAAAUGCAGAUGAGUCUUAAUCUGAUGUAAUGUGUACUACCGGUAUCUACUGUACAUGUCAAUGUGUGGAGGCACAAAUUAAUGAAAAGAAAUACACUUGUUUUACUAAAGUGGUGACUUAACUGUCGACUAAACUGUUCUGUUUGGUUUUGUAUUAUUUGUUGCAUGUCAUAGCUUGUCGUUUGAGGCCAGAUUUAACAUGUCAUUGUUUCAAGUAAAUUGAAUCUAACAGCA